CAAAAAUACAACAAAUAGUUAGGCUAGCUGCUCGGUUUAGUCACCGUGAAGUUAAAGGUUUUUUAUUCCCGUAUUUUUUUGUGAUUAACUGACUCCACGACUCCAGUGUACUCCGCCGUACUCAGGGAGAUGUCUGAGUAAUUGUAAAAAUCCGUCCCCUCUCCAUAUCCACUUCCAUGGUGGCAGGUCCGGCACCUAUGGAGCCCUCCACUAAACCUGGGACCAACCAGGUGGCAGAUGUGGUGUUUGUCAUCGAAGGGACGGCAAAUCUUGGACCUUACUUUGAAUCCCUAAGGAAAAAUUACAUACUUCCAGCUAUUGAAUAUUUCAAUGGAGGGCCCCCAGCAGAAACAGAUUUUGGUGGAGAUUAUGGAGGGACACAGUAUGGUCUUGUAGUGUUUAACACAGUGGACUGUGCUCCUGAGUCAUAUGUCCAGUGCCACGCACCAACCAGCUCUGCCUUUGAGUUUGUCUCGUGGAUCGACAACAUCCAGUUCAUGGGGGGUGGAGCAGAAAGUUGUAGUCUGAUUGCAGAGGGGCUCUCUGUGGCCUUGCAGCUCUUUGAUGACUUUAAGAAGAUGAGGGAACAAAUAGGUCAGACCCACAAGGUGUGUGUGCUGUUGUGUAACUCUCCACCGUAUCUGCUUCCUGCUGUGGAGAGUGUCAGCUACACCGGCUGCACCGCAGACAACUUGGUCAAAAUCAUCAGAGAUAAAGGAAUCCACUUCUCAGUUGUGGCUCCUCGGAAACUGCCUGCUCUAAGGGCUUUGUUUGAGCGGGCAUCUCCUGUAGGAGGGGUGGUUGAACCCCAUCCAGAUUACAGUCAGGAUCCCUUCCACAUGGUCCUAGUCAGAGGCAUUUCACUUCCCGUUUCCUCAGGUGGAGGACCUGGGCCGCACAAACCUGUCCUCCCUCCUCAGCCGUUGCCUGGUAGCCAGCCUGUCGGUGGACUUCCACAGCCCCCUCCACCCAUUAACACACCCCACCCUUAUCAGACUCCGGCCUCCAUGACUGCGGCCCAGGUGGCUGCACAGAUGGUCGUGGACGCAGCCAACGUCCAGAAGAGUCGCUGCGAUCGCUUCCCAGGAAUGGUCAAUCAAGGCCCCCAGUUCACCAGUCAGCCAAACAUGCCAUCAGUCCCUGGGGUGAAGCUCAAUCAGCCCAGCAUAUCGACAGUCACCACAGCAACGCAGCCUUUAAUGCCACAGCAACAAGUUGCUCCCAAUCAGCAGCAGCCUGUCCCACCCCCAGGACAGCCUGCGCCCAAUCAGCAACCACAGCAGCCACCUCAGCAGCCGCCCACAGCGAAUCAGCCCACAGCUCCUUCAGCACCAUCCAACAUGCCUGGUGUGUCUGGACCUCAAAACAAUGCAAAUCCGAUUGGAGCGCCACAAGGCGUGGCCAAUAAGAUUGUUGCAUGGACCGGCGUUCUGGAGUGGCAAGAGAAGCCUAAAGCCUCAUCCAUGGAUUCAACCACCAAACUGACGCGUUCUCUGCCUUGCCAAGUGCAUGUGAACCAAGGAGAAAAUCUGAACACAGACCAGUGGCCACAGAAGCUCAUCAUGCAGCUGAUUCCGCAGCAGUUACUGACAACCUUAGGUCACCUCUUCAGAAACUCUCGAAUGGUUCAGUUUCUCUUCACCAACAAAGACGUGGAGUCGCUGAAAGGCCUGUACCGCAUUAUGGCUAAUGGUUUUGCCGGCUGCGUCCACUUCCCCCACACUACUUCGCCCUGUGAAGUGCGAGUGCUGAUGCUGCUCUACUCAUCCAAGAAGAGGAUAUUCAUGGGCCUCAUUCCCAACGACCAGAGCGGCUUCGUCAACGGCAUCCGGCAAGUCAUCACCAACCACAAGCAGGUCCAGCAGCAAAGAGUGAUGGGCGGUGGAGGGGGGCCAAUGCAACCCGGUCAGGUCCCCCCCAACCAGAACUUCCUCAACAGACCCCCUGGUCCCAUUCCUGUCUCCCACGGCAACGUCCAGCCGCAGUCUGUGGUGGUGGGCAUGCCCCCUGUUAGUCAGGUUUCUAUGAUGGAGGAGCAGCAGAGGCAGAACAACAUGAUGACAAUGAGAGCAGCCGGACCAGCCAACCAACAGCCACCUGUCAGUGGCGCUCCGCCCAACCAGGUCGCACAGAGCGGACAAGCCCCGCCUCAGGGUCCCAUACUGCGCCUCUCGAACCCAGGAGCCAAUCCACAGCUUCGCAGUCUUCUCCUCAGCCAGCAGCAGCCACAGGGUGGGGUGUCUCACAUGCAAGGCAUGAUGUCUCACCAGGGUUUGGGGCAGCAGUUGGUCCACUCGGCACCAGGAGGUGGGGCUCAAAUGCAGGGCCAGUGGAGGCAGCCCUUGGCAGGAGCAGUUCAGAUGCUGAUGUCUGGAGGUCAGAGAGGAGCCGUGCCCCAGCCCGGGAUGCCGCAAGUCUCCAGCGUCAUGGAGGAUGAAAUUCUCAUGGACCUUAUCUGACUGAGCAUCGUGGACUCAGGAGCAGGGUUUUUAGCUGAAUCUCAGCCGUUUGUCAGUUUGGAUACAUACGUUCGCUCUGUUGCUUUAUUGCUACAAAUGUUCAACAUAAUUAAGGAACGACUCAUGAGUAGUUUUUUUUUUUUUUUUUUUUUUUCCCGGACUGAGCAGCUGAAGUUAAUUAGGGGCAGACAAUGCGAGCAUUAGUUUUUCAUGUAAAUGGUCAAACCGACAGCACGCUAAUCCUCCAUGCUACACAGUGGAUGGAGCCAAACCAGUGGAAAUAGUCAAUUAUGUUUUGCUUUUGGAAAGUCCCCUACUGUCGUUUUUACAUUUUAUUAUUGAAAUCUGAAAUAGUAUUAUUAUUAUUUUUCCUUUUAACUUUUUUGCUGACUUUUAUUUGGUUAGAUUUUUUUAUUAUUGAUAAAUUGUUUUAUGAGGAUUAAAUAAAAUUAAGGAACACAGAUAACCGAAGAAGCCAUUUAUCAUUGUGAGGAGGUUUUGCUGUUGAUGCAUGCACAUGAUGAUGUUGUGUUUUUGAUAGCCGUCCAGUCUCCGCAGUCCUGCCUCCCCCAGUGUGAAUGCAGCUUGGACC